AUGAUUGAGGAGUUGAAGAAUGAUGCGGAGUCACCGCUGGACGAGUUUCGUAUCGCGGAGGCUCACCUCGUGAACCCGGUCACCGGGCAGCGGAUCGACACCCUCCCCUCGGUGGCCACCGUGGAGCAGGUGCGGCGCGUGCACGACGAGGGCGGCGCCGUCGUCGCCGACAUGUACACGGUGUACCAGUACGACUCGUCGCUGUGGGUGUACGAUCCCGCCAACGCGGCCACCACGCUGGACGCGCGUGAGCUCAUCGACUACCUCUACGUCCGGGCGAUCAUCUCGUCGGACCCAUAG